AUGAAACCACAAAACAGAACCCAGGAUAGAAUCACAGUAAUUACUAAUAUCCCUACCCCUCUAUCUUUUUUUACCUCUCAAGAACCCAUCUUUACUGCAAUUGGAAUGUGAAAAAUGGCGUUCGGUUUGCAGAUCUUCGGUAUUGCCAAGCUCAAGAUGAAAGUGCCUUGUGUUGAUGUGUUGCUAAUCACAAGUAUUUGCUGAAAAUUCUUCAAGAUAGAGAUGAUUAAGCAUCGCUGGAGGGAGCUAGCAAAGUCCUUUGGGGAUCAUGUUGAUCCUGAUAAAACUGAACAGUUGAAGAGGACUAAAUCAGAUAUUGAAAAUAAUGUGACAAGGAUCUUCAAGCUUAUAAAAAGUGAAGACCUCGGAAAGAAAGAUGGGAACCGAAGAGAUUCAAAGAAUGAGAGUGAACUUGUUGGACUCAUUGAGAAUUUCUACCAACAGUACCAGUCACUCUAUGCAUUGUAUGAUCAUCUAAUAGGAGAGUCGGGAAGAAUAGUUCGGAGAAGAAAAGUGAGAACAGGCUCUUCUCCCUUGUCUCCCUCCAGCUCCGGCUCAGACUCUGAGUAUUUUUCCUCAGACGAAAUUGACAAUAAUAAUGUCAAGCCGGAAAAUCAUGAGCAUCAGAAGAUGGCAGACAGCGGGAAUCAUGACCUUAAAACCGAGAAUUUGGGUCUGAAGCAACUAACGUUGCCUAGGAGUUCUAGUGAAGGAAAGGACGCAAUAAAUACAGAAUAUUUGGCAGCACUGAAAAAAGUACAUGCAGAUAUUACAAAUGAAGAUCGCAGGAAUGAAGUGGAUGAAAGAGUAAAGGAACUUUCAGCUCUUGUUGAGGCUCAUGAACAUCACGGGACUCAAUCAUCAGCUAGGGUGAAAGAGUUAGAGGCUCAGUUAGCUGGCUUCAAAACUGAUUUGGAGUCAUUGUGCAGCCAGAAAAGAGAUUUGGAAGCAUGGAAAGAAGACAGAGUUGCUGAAGCUAAACAGCUAGGAGAUAAAAACAUAGGUCUCCAUGCCCGGAUUUUGGAACUCGAGUUAGUUUUAAAAGAAAAAAAUGAUGAAAUAUCUGAUCUCAUGAAGAAACUCGAAAAUGAGAGUAGUUCAACACCGAAAGUUGCAUAUUUGAUGGCACAGACAAGCAAUCUGCAACUGGAAGUUGAGUCAUUGCACGCUCAAAAAGGGGAAAUGGAAGAAAGGAUGGCUACUGUGAAAACUGAAUCAUCGGAUCAAGUUGAGGAACUCACAGAUAAGAUCAAUGCAAUGAAGCAGGAAUUAGAGACCCUGCGCUGGGAGAGAGCCGAAACAGGAGUGCAACUAGAUAGGAAGAACAAAGAAAUCUCCCAAGAACUGCACCAGAUAGAAACUUUGAAGGAGGAACUGAAAAGAAAAGAUGUAGCUGAAAAGAAAAUAUCGGAAGAAAGACAACGUUUUCUUAAGCAGGUGAAGGAUAUGGAAUUAGAAGUGGACUCUCUACGCAGCCACAAAAAGAAUCUGGAAAAGCAAAAAAGAAGUAAAAUGCAUGAGGCGGAUAAGCUGAGAAGGGAAAGUGAGGGUCUGCGUGCGAAGAUAGUCAACUUGGAGAAAACUUUGUCCCAGAGAGGGGAGGAGGUUUCUGCUCUUCGUAAAGAAUGCGAGGAUGGAAAGAAUGAAGCUUCUACUCAACUUAUGACUUUGACGACAGAAGUCAGCAGUUUGAAACAGGAGUUGGAUUCCGUAAAGCUCCAGAAGAUCCAGCUAGAAUUGCAGUGUGAGAAAGAGAACAAGGAAUGGUCGAAAAGACUAACUGAGAUGGAAAAUGAAACCGAAAAGAAAAUGCUGGAAGAAAGACAGCGGUUUCUUGAUCAGAUAAAGGACAUGGAAAAGGAAGUGGACUCUCUAUGCAGCCAAAAGAUCAAUUUGAAAAAUCAGAUAACAAGUAAAAUCCAUGACACUGAUAUGCUGCAGCGUGAAAAUGGGGGUCUAAAUGCUAGAAUUUUUGAGUUGGAGAAGACAUUGACCGAGAGAGGGGAUGAGGUUGAAGCUCUUCGUAGAGAAUGCGAGGAUGGACACAAGGAAGCUGCUAAUAAACUUAUGGCCUUAACAACACAGGUAAGCGAUUUGAAACAGGAGUUGGAUACCUUGACCAAGAAAAGCCAGUUGGAGUUACAGAGUGAGACAGAGAACAAAGAAUAUAAGGAAAGACAGACCGAGAUGGAAGGAAAGAUUGCUGAUCAGCAGAGAGUUAUUAAGGAACAGGAAGAUACUAUCAAGAAGAUCACUAAGGAGUAUAAAAACGCUAAAAUGUGGUUUCCUGAAUCCAAGCUAAAUCUGCAGCUUGCCGAAAGAAAGAUGGAAGAAUUGGCAAAAAAGCACCGCAUACAGUUUGAAGACAAUGUCCGGCUCUUAUACCAGAGAAUCCGGGUGGCAGAACAUAUACACAAUGACACAAAAGAGAGCUACUGGAGAAUGAAAGAGGAGUAUGAGAAAGAAACUAGAGAGAUCAGAGAAAAGCUUGAAUUUUACGAAAAUCCACUCAAAAAGAUGAAGGAGGUAUCCGAGACAGCAAGGAGAACUCUGAACCGAUUGGAUAGGGUGGCAUGUAGGUUUGAUAAGGAGCACAGCAACUUUUUGAACAACAUAUCCAGAAUGUCUGAUGAGGUUCAGGUUGCAAAAAGUUGGGUUACCGGGGCAACCAACGAGAUCAAACGGCUGAAGCGUCAUGCCGAUUGCUUGGCUGCUCAGCUGGAUGAAAAGGAAGAACAGGAGAGUUUGUUAAGGGAGAAAGUUUGGAAGUUAGAGGCAACGGCAAGCAAGGAAGCCGGAGAGAAGCUGAACUUAAUGAAAAACUUUAGCCAACUCGAGAAGCAGGUAGCGAAAAUGGAGAAGACAAUAAAGGAGAAGGAUGAAGACUUGUUGAGUCUUGGUGAGGAGAAGAGGGAGGUCAUAAGGCAGCUAUGUAUCUUAAUUGACCAUCACCGAAUCCGCUAUGAUGAUCUUAAGGAAGUGAUAACAAAGAGGCCUGGUAGAUCCAGUACUACUUGGAGCAGGAGAUGGAUAUACGCUCACCUUGACUCACAUCUAAGAGGGAAGUUCGGUAAUAGCAUGAUGACAAAACACCGCUUUCGGGAGUCUAUUAAGUCCUUGUUUGGAAGUCACAUCGAUGCAGAGAAGGAUGAACAGCUCAAAGGGACUAAAAUAGAUAUGGAGGACAAAGUGAAUAGAAUAUUGAAGCUUCUAAAAGAUGAAGAUCUUGAAGAAAAAGAUUCCAACCCGGUGGAGAACUCCAAAAAGGAACCUCUUGCAGAGCUAAUUCAGGAUUUCCACAAACAAUACCAAUCCCUCUAUGCAGAAUAUGAUCAUCUAACAGGAGUGCUAAAGAAAAAAAUGCGUGGCAAGCAAGAUAAGGAUAGCAGUUCUUCAUCGAGCUCAGAGUCUGAUUCAGAAUAUUCUUCAAAUGACAAGAAAAGUAAGAAUGGACUACUGGAAAGUGACUAUCAGAAUAUAGCUGAUGUUAAGCAAGAACUCGAAUCAGCACAUCUAGAAGUUGCUGACCUGAAGAGGAAACUGACGGCUACAAUUGAAGAAAAAGAGGCGUUAAACUUGGAAUAUGCGACGGCUUUGAGCAAGAUAGAAGAAACAGAGAAGAUUUCCAAAGAUUUGAAGACUGAAGCUGAAAGAUUAGAUGUUGAAAAACUGAAACUUUUGGCUGAGAAUAGUGAACUAGAUCAAAAACUUGAGACUGGUGGAAAGAAAGAAGCUGAACUGAGUCGAAAAGUGGAAGAUUUGGAAAGAGAGAGAGAUAAUCUGAUUAAGGAGAAAGAGACUAGUCUGAGAAGGAUUGAAGAUGGAGAAAAUAUUUCAGCAGACUUGAGAAGUUUGGUUGAUCACAUGAAAGAUGAAAAAGUAAUCCUCGAGCAACAACUAGAAUCUCUUAGAGGGGACAUCUCAAAUAUGAAGCAUGAGCUGGAAUCUUCAGAGCAGCAAGUGUCAGAUUUAAGCAAAGCUAAGGAGGAAGAAACCUUGAAAGUUUUGGAGUUCUCAAGUGAGAUUCAGCAGGCACAGAAUGUGAUACAAGAACUCACAGAUGAAGCUAGUCAGCUUAAGGAAAAACUCAAUCAGAAGGAGCAGGACCUUGAAUCUUUGCAAGGUCAGAAAAGAGAUUUGGAAGUGAAGUUUGAGAGCAAAGAAAAGCAACUGGCAGAGGAGAAUGCAGGUUUACAAGCUCAAAUUUCAGAACUCGAAUCAAUGUCUAAAGAGAGAGAAGUUGAACUUUCUGCUCUCACGAAGAAAUUUGAGGAGACCAAUAAUGAACAUAGUCAGGUACGGGAGCAAUUAGGUCAGAGGGAAAUGGAGUAUUCAACUCUGUCUGAGAGGCACAAGCUGCAUGAGAACGAAACAUUGGCGCAGAUAAAGGGGUUGGAGGAAAAAGUGACAGAGCUGAAAUCUGACCUCGAAUUUUUGCAAGGCGAGAAAAGAGAUGUGGAAGUGAAGUUUGAAAGCAAAGAAAAGCAACUUGCAGAGGAGAAUGCAGGUUUACAAGCUCAAAUUUCAGAACUCGAAUCAAUGUCAAAAGAGAGAGAAGCUGAACUUUUUGCUCUCACAAAGAAACUUGAGGAGACCAAUAAUGAACAUAGUCAGGUACAGGAGCAAUUAGGUCAGAGGGAAAUGGAGUAUUCAACUCUGUCUGAGAAGCAUACGCUGCAUGAGAACGAAACAUUGGUGCAAAUAAAGGGAUUGGAGGAAAAAGUGUCAGAGCUGAAAUCGGCCCUCGAGUCAUUGCAAGGCGAGAAAAGAGAUAUUGAAGUGAAGUUUGAAAGCAAAGAAAAGCAACUGGCAGAGGAGAAUGCAGGCUUACAAGCUCAAAUUUCAGAACUCGAAUCAAUGUCAAAAGAGAGAGAAGCUGAACUUUCUGCUCUCACAAAGAAACUUGAGGAGACCAAUAAUGAACAUAGUCAGGUACGGGAGCAAUUAGGUCAGAGGGAAAUGGAGUAUUCAACUCUGUCUGAGAAGCAUACGCUGCAUGAGAACGAAACAUUGGCGCAAAUAAAGGGAUUGGAGGAAAAAGUGUCAGAGCUGAAAUCGGCCCUCGAGUCAUUGCAAGGCGAGAAAAGAGAUAUUGAAGUGAAGUUUGAAAGCAAAGAAAAGCAACUGGCAGAGGAGAAUGCAGGCUUACAAGCUCAAAUUUCAGAACUCGAAUCAAUGUCAAAAGAGAGAGAAGCUGAACUUUCUGCUCUGACAAAGAAACUUGAGGAGACCAAUAAUGAACAUAGUCAGGUACGGGAGCAAUUAGGUCAGAGGGAAAUGGAGUAUUCAACUCUGUUUGAGAAGCAUACACUGCAUGAGAACAAAACUUUGGCGCAAAUAAAGGGAUUGGAGGAAAAAGUGUCAGAGCUGAAAUCGGCCCUCGAGUCUUUGCAAGGCAAGAAAAGAGAUAUUGAAGUGAAGUUUGAAAGCAAAGAAAAGCAACUGGCGGAGGAGAAUGCAGGUUUACAAGCUCAAAUUUCAGAACUCGAAUCAAUGUCAAAAGAGAGAGAAGCUGAACUUUCUGCUCUCACAAAGAAACUUGAGGAAACCAAUAAUGAACAUAGUCAGGUACGGGAGCAAUUAGGUCAGAGGGAAAUGGAGUAUUCAACUCUGUCUGAGAAGCAUACGCUGCAUGAGAACGAAACAUUGGCGCAAAUAAAGGGAUUGGAGGAAAAAGUGACAGAGCUGAAAUCUGACCUCGAAUUUUUGCAAGGGGAGAAAAGAGAUGUGGAAGUGAAGUUUGAAAGCAAAGAAAAGCAACUGGCAGAGGAGAAUGCAGGUUUACAAGCUCAAAUUUCAGAACUCGAAUCAAUGUCAAAAGAGAGAGAAGCUGAACUUUCUGCUCUGACAAAGAAACUUCAGGAUAGCAAUGAUGAAUCAUCGUCUACUAUAGCAGAUUUGACAGCACAGAUCAACAAUCUGCUAGUAGACUUAAGUUCUGUGCGCCGUGAGAAAGUUGAAUUGGAGGAAAAUAUGGCAUCUAAAAGUGAUGAAGCAUCGACUCAGGUCAAGGGCUUAAUGGAACAGGUAAAUGUAUUGCAGCAGCAAUUGGAGUCCCUACACAGCCAGAAAGCUGAAUUGCAAGUGCAGCUUGAGAAUAAAACUCAAGAAAUUUCAGAGUACUUGAUCCAGGUACAAAUUCUGAAUGAAGAGAUAGCAAACAAGACGACGGAUCAUCAGAAGAUUCUGGAAGAGAAAGAGAUUUUGAUAGCAGAAAUGAAAGAUCUCAAGCUAAAAGUGGAAUCCAUGCAGAAUCAGAAGAAUGAGCUUGAAGAGGAUAUCAGAACGAAAAUCCUAGAGCAUGAUCAGUUGAGAGCAGAAAUGUUGGAGCUAAAGGAUCAAUUUUCUGUAUUUGAGAAGACAAUAGCACAAAGAGAACUAGAAUUCUCCUCUCUCCAAGAGAAACAUGAAAGUGGACAGAACGAAGCCUCUGCUCAAGUAGUGGCCCUUGUGGCACAGGUUAAUGGUCUACAAGAAGAGUUGGAGUCAUUGCAAACCCAGAAUAAGCAAAUGGAGUUGCAGUUUGAGAGGGAAAAACAAGAACUUCUAGAGAGCUUGACACAGUUGCAAACUGAUAAGAUCGAGUUAACGAGCAAGAUCACUGAUCUUCAGAGAAUGCUUAACGAACAGGAGGAUUUAUACACCAAGUUAAAUGAGGAACAUAAACAGCUUGAAGGUAAGUGUCAGGACUACGAGGUUAGCAUUGAAUCCAAAGAUCAGAUAAUAGCUGAUUUGGAACAAAUGUCUGAAGACCUGAAAAGAGACCUUGAAGAAAAAGGUGAUGAACUCAGUUCUUUGGUAGAGAAAUCUCGCAAUACUGAAGUUAAGCUCCGUCUGUCAAACCAGAAGCUCCGGGUUACAGAGCAAGUACUGGCCGAGAAGGAACACAACUUCAGAGUUGCUGAGCUGAAAUUCCAAGAAGAACAAAGAGUGCUCGAAGACAGGAUUGCUGCAUUGUCUGGUAUAAUCUCUGCAAACAAUGAAGCUUAUCAGAGAAACAUCAACUGUAUUUCAGACAAUGUGAACAGUUCUUUGACUGCACUGGAAUCUGUGAUUAAGAAAUUUGUGGAUGACUAUGCGAAGUAUGAGAAGUGUAUUGCUGAAACGUCGGAGCAGCUUCAGACUGCUAAGAAAUGGGUUGCGGAAACAAAUGAUGAGAGAGAGAAGUUGAAGAGGGAGGUGGGGGCCCUAAGCAAACAACUGCAAGAUAAAAAAGCGGAAGCAUUGGUGUUUAGAGAGAGGGUUGAGAAGUUGGAGACAGAGGCGAGCAAGGAACAAGUGGAGAAGGGGGGCCUGAUCAAAGCUGUGAAUCAGCUUGAAAAGAAGGUAGAGGAGUUGAAGCAGAUUGUGGAAGAGAAGAACAAGGGCAUAUUGGGUCUGGGAGAGGAGAAGCGGGAAGCCAUAAGGCAGCUGUGCAUAUGGAUCGAGUAUCAUCAGAGUCGCUAUGAUCAUCUCAAGGAGGUGCUUUUAAAGAUGGCUCCAAGAGGCCAGAGGAGGAGGGUCUAGUCAGUGGUUGUUUCAUCAUUUGAUCAUAUUUUUUUCCUCAUUGCAGUAAGACCAUUUGUCUUGCCUUCGUCUCGCAUUACUUUUGUUGAUUCUUUCUUUUUUGGAGGCUAGUGUUGAUAAGAACGUUAUAGGUAAAGUUUGAAUGCAUGAGUAUGCACAUGAAUUUGGUUGUAAAUUCUGCUUCUUUUUUUUCUUGUCCAUUAUUUCAGGCAUGUAUAAAAAUGCAGAUCAGUCCCUCUUUUGAUUC